AGACAAAUUCAAGCCAAAAAAGGCGGCCUUUUUUUAGCUGAAGCUGCUGACUUUUAACUAAGGAGUAGUAAAGUGUUGUUUAAGAGGUCAAAGGACUCAAGCGUCUUUUCCUGCCUCACAUGAGGCCACGAGCUGGACAAGGCUUGCUGGGUCUUUCCUAUGCAUGCUCCUGCAAUAAGCUUGGAUAACCUGGUCAAGCCCAGCCACAUUUAGCUUCCCUGCUCCCCCUCUUCAGUCAGGAAGCUGGAUGAGGCUGUUCACCCAGUUACUGUUGCUGGAAAGGAUCUCCCUAGGGGAGGAACGGAAAGCAAAGCUGGUUCUGUGGUGACUCAGGCUCUCAGCAAAGCCUCUUGUAUUCCCUCGUAUCCUUUUAGGGGCAUCUGCUUUCCCUGUGACCCUGCUGAGCACCCGAAGCAUGCUGUUUCUGCUGGAGGAGAAUCACCAGUGGCAGGUGCAGUGCUCCUUGGAUGAGGACCAUGAGGCAGAAAUGCCUGCUAGGAGCAACAUCCAGUUGAAGGAGAAGCAGCCGAUCAGCAGUAUUAGCAAUGUCAUAACCUAUCGCCUCUGUCCUUGUGACAUCAAGCUGAUGCUUUAUGAUGAGGUACUGAAGGUGGAGAGCACUUGGCACAUCCGCACAGAGUGCCCUGAGCUCCUGGUAGAGUUGGUGGAGUGGAUCCGUGGGCCCUGGGAGGAGAUGUUCUCGAUCGAGCUACGGAAGGCUGUGUACGAGGGACUGGAGUGAGCUUGCCAGCUGUAGGCUGGUGGGAAUUGGAGUCAAGAGUGCUGCUGUGCUGGCAAUGGUGCAGAAGUGUCUCCCGCUCCCAUCUGACCUUGCUGUCCUGUGGCCUCUGCUUUCUACUCUACUCUUGCCCCUGGCCCUUUUUGGUGAGGAGGAGGGGAGCACACAAUGGUCCAGACUGCACAGUCACUCACUUGCACUGGGCUGGCCGUGGAAGGAGGAGGCAAAGUGUCCCCUGUAAUACUGCAUAAGCUACACCGAGUUCUAAGUUGGCAGUGUCUGCUGGUCUCCUUCAGGGUCACGUGGAGUGUCACUGAAGGAAGAGGGGAGCCCGGCCAGAGCAUGUUCAGUGGGACAUGCAGUGGUACUAGGCCAACAACAGGCCAGAGGCAGUUGGGUACUGUGAUGUUUCUAGCAGGUGUAUUUGCUGCCUUCCUAGCUGUCUCAGAACAGCUGCCAUUAUCUGCUGCUG